UGUGGUUGGGUUUCAGAUGUGAGUUGAGUGACAUAUUUCACACGCGUAGGACAGGAUGUAGCUCGCUAACUGCAGCAAAAGAAGAGGAAAAAAAAGCACAACAGCCUCAACAGAGCAACCCACAACUUCAGAAUGGCAGUUAAAACAGCAAGCUGAGGGGGACAGGGAAGGGUGUCUUGCGAUGCCCUGUUUUGUGAGAGCAAUGAGUGCUUUUAACUUGAACAACUUAUUGAUUAUGUUUUUUUGUUUUUGAGCGAACACUGGAUUUCCUCUUUUAGACGUUCCUGUAGCAAUCACAGUAAAAAUACACUUCAUCGUCAAGACAAGCACUGGAACACAAAAUAAUGGCGACACAAAACGAUUGCUGCGUCAAGGUCUGCUUAAGGAUCCGCCCCCAAAUGGCAAAGGAGAAGAUCGAGGGGUGUCACGUCUGCACAUUGGUGACUCCCGGGGAGCCCCAGGUGCUGCUGGGAAAGGACAAAGCCUUCACCUACGACUUCGUAUUCGACAUGGGCGCCCAGCAGCAGCAGAUCUACUCCGCAUGUGUGCAGAAGCUGGUGGAGGGCUGCUUUGAGGGCUACAACGCUACUGUCUUAGCCUACGGCCAGACGGGGUCCGGGAAGACGUACACCAUGGGCACAGGGUUCGACGUGAGCGUGGGGGAGGGUGAGCAGGGCAUCAUCCCCCGGGCGGUGCACCAGCUGUUCCAGGGCAUUGAGGAGCGACGGGCGGAGACGCACGCAGCGGGCGCACCGCCACCUGAGUUCAAAGUCAGCGCCCAGUUCCUGGAGCUGUACAACGAGGAGAUCCUGGAUUUGUUCGAUGACACGGGGGACCCCGAAGCCCGCGGCAGGAAGUCCAACAUCAGGAUCCAUGAGGACUCCAAUGGGGCCAUUUACACGACAGGGGUCACCUCUCGACUCGUCAGCUCCGAGCACGAGCUUCUGCAGUGCCUGAGGCUGGGUGCCCUCUCCCGCACCACCGCCAGCACCCAGAUGAAUGCCCAGAGCUCCCGCUCCCACGCCAUCUUCACCAUCCACCUGUGCCAGAUGCGAGUGUGCCAGAGGCCUGAACAGAUGAACGGAGAGGUGUGUGGGGGGUCCAUAUCACAGCCGGAGUACGAGACACUGACGGCCAAGUUUCAUUUCGUGGACCUGGCGGGGUCUGAGCGUCUGAAACGCACAGGCGCCACUGGGGACCGGGCCAGAGAGGGCAUCUCCAUCAACUGUGGACUGCUGGCCCUGGGAAAUGUGAUCAGCGCGCUUGGAGACCAGAACAAAAAGAGCAGCCAUGUUCCCUACAGGGACUCAAAACUCACACGCCUGCUUCAGGACUCGCUGGGGGGAAACAGCCGCACGCUGAUGAUCGCCUGCGUCAGUCCGUCGGACAGAGACUUCAUGGAAACCCUCAACACGCUCAAGUACGCUAACCGCGCUCGCAACAUCAAGAACAAGGUGGUGGUGAACCAGGACAAGACCAGCCAGCAGAUCAGCGCUCUCCGCGCCGAGAUCGCCCGCCUGCAGACGGAACUCAUGGAGUACAAAGCGGGCAAGCGGGUGGUGGGCGAGGAUGGCACGGAGAGCUUCAGCGACCUGUUCAAGGAGAACUCCAUGCUGCAGAAGGACAACGAUGCCAUGAGGAUGCGGGUGAAGGCCAUGCAGGAGACCAUCGACGUCCUCAACAGCCGAAUCGCCCAGCUGCUCUCCAACGAGGCCAACGUGCUGCUGGCCAAGUCUGGUGAUGGAAAUGUGGAAAUCAGUACUGUCAUCCAGAACUACAUCAGAGAGAUCGAAGAGAUCAGAUCCAAACUGCUGGAGAGUGAGGCAAUGAACAAGGCUCUGCGUCUCAGCAUGUCCCGGCUCUCCGGCCGGCCCUCGCACCCCUCUCCUCAUACCCCUGUCCCGGGGAUACCCCUAGGCUCCUCACCCGUCGUCUCCAUGGAAACGGAUACGAUGGAUGUGAUCCGUCUUGCCAAGCAGGACAUUGAGAGGCUGAAGAAGGAGGAGAGGAAACAGAGGAGAAAGGGCAUCCUGGAAAAGGAGAAGGGACAGAAGAAGAGGGCCAAGCUACAGCCACAAAGGAACAGUGAGGUCGAUUCGGAUGAUGACGCAGAAGAGAAUGGAAUGUCUACCUGUCACGAGGAAGAGCAUGUGGAGAGUGGCUGGGAUGACGAUGAGGAGGAAGAUGAAGACAGAGAGGAAUGGUUUGAUACCGAAGAGUCCUUGGAUGAUUUGGACUCUGAUUCUGAUGAGAAAGAAGACUUCCAGGCUGACCUGGCUGACCUGACCUGCGAGAUCGAGAUCAAGCAGAAGCUGAUUGACGAGCUGGAGAACAGCCAGCGGCGUCUGACGAUGCUAAAGCUACAGUACGAGGAGAAGCUCAUCCAGCUUCAGAACAAGAUCCGUGACACACAGCUGGAGAGGGACCGCGUGCUACAAAACCUGACAUCCAUGGAGAACUACACGGAGGAGAAGGCCAACAAGAUCAAGGCGGAGUACGAGAAACGUCUGAAGGAGAUGAACAAGGACCUGCAGAAGCUCCAGACAGCCCAGAAGGAGCAUGCCCGGCUACUGAAGAACCAAAACCACUACGAGCGCGAGCUUAAGAAGCUUCAGGCUGAGGUGACCGAAAUGAAGAAGGCCAAGGUGGCACUGAUGAAACAGAUGAAGGAGGAACAGCAGAGGCGCCGACUAAUUGAGGCCAACAGGAACCGCGAGAUCGCUAGGCUAAAGAAAGAACAGCGCCGGCAAGAGUUCCAGAUCCGGGCCCUGGAGUCUCAGAAGAGGCAGCAGGAGGUUGUGUUGCGGAGGAAGACGGAGGAAGUGACCGCCCUGCGGAGGCUGGCUAAGCCCAUGUCAGACCGCGCGGCAGGCAGGGUGGUGCGGCGUCCGCUGCCUCUGGACUCCACCAGCACCACCUCCUCCGAGCCAGACUCCCGCUCGGUUACCAGCAUUGUGCGCCAGUGGAACACUAAGCUCAAUGGCUACUCAGGCGAAAGCCAGAGCGCCGCCAACGGCACGCGCGCUCCCAGGAAGAAGCUCCAGAGUAACGGGCAGGUGGGCAGCUCCUCCAAAGCAGCUCGGCAGAAGUGGCAGACCCUGGAGCGGAGGAUCACGGACGUCGUCAUGCAGAGGAUGACUGCGUCCAGCAUGGAGGCAGACAUGGACCGCCUCAUCAAGAAACGUGAGGAGCUGGUGCUCCAGCAGGAGGCGCUCCUGCGCAAGCGGGAGAAGCUGCAGAGGGAGGGGCUGGUGGAAGGGGAGAAGCUGCUGCAGGAAAUAAGCGAGGAGAUCGAGGCCCUUAAUGCAAAUAUUGACUACAUCAAUGACAGCCUGUCUGACUGCCAGGCCACCAUCGUGCAGAUGGAGGAGACCAAGGAAGAGCUGGACUCAACUGACACCUCGGCAGUCAUCAGCUCCUGCUCUCUGGCCGAGGCUCGUCGCCUGCUGGACCACUUCCUGAAGGCCUCCAUUGACAAGGGACUGCAGGUGGCACAGAAGGAGGCCCAGAUCCGGCUGCUGGAAGGCCAGCUCAGGCAGACGGACGUGAUUGGCUCGACAAACAACCAUGUGAUUCCGGAUGUGGUGAAGGAGAAGGCAGAAUGCGUCCCAGAGCUGCAGGCGCUUAUUCACAAUGUCCAGAUCGAGAAUGGCUACGCUAGCACUGAUGAGGAGGUGUCCGAAUUUAACCAGGUGUCAGAUCUCUCGCAAUCCUUUCAAAUGAAAGUGUCCACCAGUCAGGAUGACUUCAAGUUGAAGGUGGAGCCGCGACUAUCGGCACAGAUGAGGGCGGUGUCAGCGGAACACCUGGGUCCCACCUUAGACGCCUGCACAAGGAACAUCACCAAGUCGCUGGCCUCGCUGACCGAGGUGCAGGGGAACGGGCUGGGCUACUCCCUCAGGGACCCCAGCUACAAGGAGCGGGUCUCUCGCACCAUCAGCCUGCCCAUCCGCGGCAACACCUUUCCCAGGCAGUCCCGGCCCUCAGACACCUACCCGGUGAUGCGCAGGAAGUCACAUGACCAGGGGCAGCCUUACAGGUCCCCUGAAGUGAUCUCCACUCCUCCGUCUUCCCCUCCCCUCCGACCCCGCUCUGACCGUAACGUCUUCUCCCGGCUUAGCAAUAGCCAGAGCCAGGGAUCCGCGCUGGACAAGGGGGUGAUUAGCGCGGUGGGGGGAGUGAAAGGAGCCAGGACAGCCCCGCUGCAGUGCGUUUCCGUGGCAGAGGGCCAUUCCAAAGCUGUGCUGUGUGUGGACGCCACGGACGAGCUGCUCUUCACCGGAUCCAAAGACCGCACAUGUAAGAUGUGGAACCUGGUGACAGGGCAGGAGAUCGUCACCCUAAAGGGCCACCCCAACAACGUGGUGUCCGUCAAGUACUGCAGCAGCUCCUGUCUGGUCUUCACCGUCUCCACCUCCUUCAUCAAAGUGUGGGACAUCCGUGACUCUGUGAAGUGUGUGCGCACCCUCACGUCUUCAGGUCAGGUGAUUACGGGAGACGCCUUUGCCGGCACCGCCACCCGCACCAUGAAUGCAGCUCCAGGGGAGUACCAGAUCAACCAGAUCGCCCUGAACCCGGCCGGCUCUGUGAUGUACGCGGCAGCCGGCAACACGGUCAGGAUCUGGGACCUCAGCAGGAUGCAGGCCACAGGGAAGCUGACCGGUCACAUUGGAUCGGUGAUGUGUCUUACAGUUGGCCAGUCCAUGGGAGGCAAAGACCAGGUCAUCACUGGGUCAAAAGACCAUUAUGUCAAGGCAUUCGAUGUGGUAGAAGGCAUUGUGGGAAAUGUAGGCCCUGCUCACAAUUUUGAGCCUCCGCAUUACGACGGCAUCGAGUGCCUGGCCAUCCAGGGGAAGGUGCUCUUCAGUGGCUCCCGUGACAAUGGGAUCAAGAAGUGGGAUCUGGAGCAACAGGAUCUGAUCCAGCAAAUUCCCAAUGCCCACAAAGACUGGGUGUGCGCCCUGGCGUACGUCCCUGGCCGUCCCAUGAUGCUUAGCGGCUGCCGGGGAGGCAUGCUGAAGGUUUGGAAUGUGGACAACUUCACCCCUGUCGGAGAGAUCAAAGGCCACGACAGCCCCAUCAACGCCAUCUGCACCAACUCCAAGCACAUCUUCACAGCAUCCAGUGACUGCCGGGUGAAGUUGUGGAGCUACGUUCCUGGCCUCACCCCUUGCUUACCGCGCCGAGUCCUGGCCAUCAAGGCCCGGGCCACCAGUCUCCCAUGAGCCUAACACCUUCCACCUUCUGGUACAGUCUCUCUCUUUCUCUCCUCCUUUCCUCACUCCCUCUCUCCCUUCUCUAGCUAUCCUGCUUGAUCUCCCUCCAUCUGCCCCCCAGAACCAGGUGGUCCAGUUAAGCUCGCUAAAGCUUUGCCACCACCGCCUUGAUGUUCAGGGUGCAGAAUCCUCUUCGUUGCACAAACACAUCCUGAUUUUAAUUGGUUCUUAUG